CCAACGGCCCAACCCAGACGUACGCAUCCGCCGAAGCCAACCGACCGUCGCACGUCCACGGCACGGUGCGAGUGCCUACGUCACUAGUACGUGCUAGGCCAACCGUUCUCCGCACGAGACAUGCGGCCCGGCUCCGGCUUGGCGCCCACGCGGCCACAGGCGCAGGCGCCGAUCGGCCCGCGCGCGCCCCGCCCGGGGACGUGCCAGGUCUGGGCGACGACGACGAGCCGUGGCGCUGCCGGGUGCGUGGCUCUCGCGCUGCGUGCCCGUGCGUGCGUUGGAGGCGGGACGGAGCCCGUGGAGGCGCGGAAGGACGGGGAGAUGGAGGUCGAGGCUGGGCUGGCGCCGGAGGAGCUGGAGGUGUUGGAGGAGGAGGCCAUUGCGGGGAAGGACGAGGGGCACAGGCCCACGGACUACGACUGCCGCGCGCGCAUCUUCGAGGAGAGCUCACGGGUCUUUCGGGCGCUCAAGCAGCGCCGCGACGGCGACAGUGGCGAUCAUGACGGUGUGAAGGGUGGUGCCGCGCCGGCUGAAGCAACGGCGCGCGAACAGCAGCAGCAGCUAGGGUGAAAAGAGUUGAUCCCGCAUGUUGUACGGUCCUGUGUUCUGCGUGAACGCAAUACAUAACGUGUAUGUGUAUUGCGUUGCAAUCGUACGGCUUUGUAAAUGACUGCGUCGUGCCGUAAACGUUCAAACAGCGUAACAGUAUACAGGAAAACUUGUACGCGGAUACACCACGUGAGGAGUGUUCUCUAAGCUCGUGACACAACCUACGAAAUUUGUGAUGGAUAAAGCACACCAAAGUUGAGUUCACACGGCGUGGGAAACCCGUAGCUACAGGUUCUUUGUUUGGAGUGAAACAAUGACGGGUGAUCAACCAGAAAGGACACACGUUCACGAGGAGGAAUGCCUCUGAAUAGACAUCAAGGCAAUGAAAUACAUGGAUAAAAUCUA